AUGCCGGGGUUGCCUCUUCGAGUGGCUGUGGUCUGUUCGAGUAACCAGAACCGGAGCAUGGAGGCCCACAGCAUCCUCCGUAAGCGGGGCUUCUAUGUUAGAUCCUUUGGGACCGGGAGUCGCGUCAAACUCCCAGGGCCCGCACCUGACAAGCCCAAUAUCUAUGAUUUCCAGACAACCUAUGAUCAGAUCUACAAAGAUCUUAUUAAGAAAGAUGAAAAACUCUAUACGCAGAAUGGGAUCUUGCAUAUGCUGGACAGAAAUAAGAGAAUUAAGCCCCGCCCGGAGAGAUUCCAGAAUUGUCAGGAUUUAUUUGACCUGAUCCUGACCUGUGAUGAGAAAGUCUAUGACCAGGUGGUGGAGUACUUGAAUUCCAGAGAGCAGGAGACCUUCCAGCCCGUUCACGUGAUUAAUGUGGACAUUGAGGAUGACCAAGAAGAAGCGAUUCUGGGAGCCUUUCUCAUCUGUGAGCUGUGCCAGUGUCUGCAACACGCAGAAGACAUGGAGAACGAGAUGGAUGAGCUGCUACAGGAGUUGGAGGAGAAGAAGAGCAAGGUUUUCCUGCACACCGUCUGCUUUUACUGA